AGAAUGAAUAAGCCACCCCUUAUAAAGACAUUUAUUUAGUACUAAAAUUAGUAUUAUUUAGGUUUUUGGUCUGAUUGAGUUGAGACACUAAAAAUGGCAAACCCAUCGUCUCCCCCACAAUCACCAUUCCUCUCAUCCUCCCAACUGUGUGGUCUGUUAGUAUAUUUAGGAGCCAAAGCCGGAAACAUAGAACCAUGUGUUGUUGAUUCUCUGGUUCAUUCUCUAUCAAAGAAAAAGAAAGGAAAGAAAAAGAAAAAAGGGCAAAAAAAAAAAAAAAAAUCAUCUACCAAAGAAAAAGCCAGUCAUUGGUUCCAUUUCUCCUUUUGCUUUCCCAUAAUCCAAAACCAGCUCUCAUUCUUCAAAAAUAUCAGACACCCAUUUCAAGUAAUCAUAGAAAACAGACACCCAUUCCACCACAAAAGAACACAUUAAACAUGGAAUUCAAACACUCGUUGUUUUUGUUUCCGUUGAUUUGAGUGUUUGAGCUCUUGAGCAUUUUGUUCUCUACCUCUUGGUGGUGGUGGGUUUGUAGUAGAAAUGGUUGUUGAUUUGGAUUUGAAGGUCACAUUGACGAUACAGAGAAAAUCUGAUCUGGGUUGAGAAAGAAAAUGUCAUAGAGGUACGGUUAGAGAGAGAGAGGGAGGUAGUUCUAGAGAGAGAAUGAGCAAAGAAUACGGCGGCAUUGUCAAGGCCUGGGAAGCAACGGUGCGUAAAACACAAGCAGCUGCAAAGAAAAGGGCAAACAGUUUUUUCACAACAAUGUCAGUGACUAAUGCCGAUGAAGACGAGAGCAAUGCCGGUGGCUGCGAUGCCUAUCAUGCCGAAAAGAUUUUCUACAAUGGCGACUACUAUACGGGGCAGUGGUCCGAAAACGUUCCCCAUGGUCAUGGGAAGUACUUGUGGGCAGAUGGGUGUAUGUAUGUUGGUGAUUGGUACAAAGGCAAGACAAUGGGCAAGGGUAGGUUCAGCUGGCCCUCUGGUGCCACCUAUGAGGGUCAGUUCAAGAAUGGGUAUAUGGAUGGGGAAGGAACUUACACCGGUUCUUCAAAUGAUACCUAUAAAGGUUCUUGGAUGAUGAAUUUGAAGCAUGGAAAGGGGGCUAAGCAUUAUGCAAAUGGGGAUUUUUAUGAUGGUGACUGGCGCCGAGGAAUGCAGGAAGGCCAGGGGCGGUACCAAUGGCUGAAUGGUAACCAGUAUAUAGGGCAUUGGAAAUUUGGCAAGAUGAGUGAUACCGGAACAAUGAUUUGGGCUAAUGGAAAUCGAUAUGAUGGGUGUUGGGAUGAUGGAUUGCCUAAAGGAAAUGGAACAUUUAGAUGGGAAGAUGGGAGUUUUUAUGUUGGUGUGUGGAGUAAGGACCUCAAGGAGCAGAGUGGGACUUAUUAUCCUUCAGGAUCACAGAUGGGUAAUUUUGAUUGGGAUCCUCAACAAGUGUACUCGGUUGAUUUGAAUGAUUGUGAGAUAUGUCCUGGAGAAAAGAUUUCGAUAUUGCCCUCUCAGAAGAUGCUUAAUUUUGGAAUGGAUGGGGAGUUUUUGCAGAAGCAGCCACUAUGGAAGUCUUCAAAAUCAAAUGAUGGGAGGCCUAGGAGAUUGUCUGUGGACGGCAGGCAUAGCAAUUGCUGGGGCUCCGAUGCUGAUGUUGAUUCUGACGUUGUAAAUGGCCAUCCAGUGGCAGGGAGAGAGGUGGAAGAAGGCUUAGGGAACCUUGAGCUGGAUGGUUUGGAUACAUCAAGAUGGAACCGACCGCAACCUAUUAGAAUACAACCCAUGAAGAAACAGGGGGAGACAAUAGCUAAAGGGCAUAAGAAUUAUGAACUUAUGCUUAAUCUGCAACUUGGAAUAAGACAUUCAGUUGGAAGGCCUGCCCCAGCUACAUCGCUUGAUUUGAGAGCUUCGGCUUUUGAUCCCAAGGAAAAAGUAUGGACCAAAUUUCCUCCUGAAGGAUCCAAGCAUACUCCUCCUCACCAGUCAUGUGAUUUUAGAUGGAAAGAUUACUGCCCAUUGGUUUUCAGGUCUCUAAGGAAAUUGUUCAAGGUGGAUCCAGCUGAUUACAUGUUGUCCAUAUGUGGGAAUGAUGCCCUUCGGGAGCUUUCAUCCCCUGGAAAAAGUGGAAGCUUCUUUUAUUUGACCCAUGAUGAUAAGUACAUGAUAAAGACCAUGAAGAAGUCGGAAUGUAAAGUUCUAAUAAGGAUGCUUCCAGCGUAUUAUAAUCAUGUUCGAGCCUUUGAAAACACUCUAGUCACAAAAUUUUAUGGCCUUCACUGUGUGAAGUUAACUGGGCCUGCCCAAAAGAAGGUACGAUUUGUUAUUAUGGGGAAUUUGUUCUGUACCGAGUACGCAAUUCACAGGCGUUUUGACUUGAAAGGUUCUUCUCUUGGCCGCACAACUGAUAAACCUGAUGCUGAAAUUGAUGCAACAACAACCCUUAAGGAUCUUGAUCUCAAAUUCAUUUUCCGAUUGCAGAAACUUUGGUUCCAAGACUUUUGCAGGCAAGUGGACAGGGACUGCGAAUUUCUUGAACAGGAGGGAAUUAUGGAUUACAGUCUUUUGCUCGGUCUUCACUUUCGAGAAACUUCAUGUUCUGGAGUUCGCACUCCUACUGAUUUUCUCACUCCUACUGCACAUGAAGACCAUGCUAGUGAAGAUGUAGUCCCUCGACUUUCAGAAGCAGACAUAGAUCAGCUUCUUUGUGAUCCGGCCAGGUGGGCAUCCAUCAAAUUAGGUAUAAAUAUGCCAGCAAGAGCUGAACAAACAGUGAGAAGAACAGAUAACGAGUUUCAGCUAGUUGGAGAACCAACAGGAGAGUUCUAUGAUGUCAUCCUAGUCUUUGGUAUCAUAGAUAUAUUACAAGAUUACGAUAUUAGCAAGAAGCUUGAGCACGCGUAUAAAUCAAUCCAAUAUGACGCGACGUCAAUCUCUGCUGUUGAUCCAAAGCAGUAUUCAAGACGUUUCCGAGAUUUCAUCUUCAAAGUUUUCACAGAAGAUGGUUGAAGUUUCUGACUGCUGACCCCGGAUCUUUAACUUGAAACUGGUAGGUGUGUAGCUGGUCACGACAGUGCUUAAUGGCAGAAGGUAUAACCGUUUCAGCAAUUCAGCAUGACCACUGGUUAAUGAAUUGUGGCUGCCAGCAUAUGCAUUUCAGUAAUCAGGCAUUGCAGUAUUUUGCCCUUCUCACAAUCCCAUUUUAUUUAUAGUUACAGUUGUGUUUUAGUAGUGUGGUUUAGCUUGAAAUCAAAAUGGAAGCUACUCAGGACUGUUCCAACUGUAAAUGAAGUUUGACUAAGUGCAAACCUGAGCUAGAAUUACUUUUUGUACCUAAUUUUCAUUUUUUUUUUCUUCCCAGAAGUUUACGAGUCUCUGGGAUUUCGGCACUCGAUAAACAUGUACAGAAGGAAAUUGAAAUUGAAAUUGAAAUUGAAAUGGAA